AUGCGCUCGGGAGCUCGGGGUGCAGCUCAGCGGGCAGACUCCGGCCGAGCCGCCAGCCCCCCAGGCUGGUCCCCGUCCCCGCCAAGUCUCCAGAUGGCGGGUCGCUACGCUCGCCCGCGGCCCCCGGACUCCGCCGCUGCAACACGCCCCCCCCACGACCCACCGCCCCACCCCCAACUCCGCGGUGCAGGCCCGGCGGGGAGGGCCCCGAGGAGGGAGCAGUGCGGGGCGGGGAAUCCCUUACAGCGCACUGGGGCCCUGGCCUUCCCGCGCAACCGCCUCCACUGCCACCAGCGGUGCAGCCGGACGGCGAAGCCGCCGUACCCGUGCGCCCGAGGGACCGCGGAGCCGCACCACCGGGAGGGGGCGCCCAGCACCCUGGAGCUGGAGGCGGGCGCUGCCUGGGCUCUCCGCCCGGCCCAGGGAAAGUCAAUCUUGGCCGGAAAGGUGCCCCCUUCUGUCAGAGAGAGGAAUAGAGGGUGUGCCUCCGGAGGGAACCCCGAGAAUCCCUGCAAAAAUGUGCGACUGCUCCAGGGGACCUGGAUGAUCCAUUACCCUGGCCAGGCAGAGCCUCUAAGCAGCUCAGCGCCCAUCCGCCCGGAGAUGGCCGGCGACACCCAGGACUCGCUCAUGGCUGGCUGGACCACCUCUGUAACCAUCUGUGCUCUCACUCACCACCUCCCCAGCCCGCCUGAGCUCCCCCCUCCCGCCAAGUCGAGAUUCCCUCGCGGACUAGACGGAAAGCUCCAGGCAGUGUGGACAGAGCAGCCCGAGUCCAGUUACCUGGCUUCUUCCCUCCCACCUGCACCCCAACUCUUCCGGGUCUGGGAUCUGGGGUUCAAUUGCCAGGAGGUGCCUGUCCAGCGCUUUCCGAGGUCCGAGGCGCCUUCGCUGCAGCUUGCUCACCCCAAGUUGGGGUCCGUGGGGAGCUGAGGCCCCUCUCCCCAGCGUGUAUCCUUCUGAGCCUGGCUUCCGUCAGGCCACCCCAGGCAGCUAGCUGAGCGCCUCCUGGGAGGCUCCACGUCUAGAGCUCUCCAUCGGAGCGAAGCUGCAUCCCUCCUCUGCCCUUGACAGAACUCGGGCUCCCCAAAAGCACGGAGUCGGUGAGCCCGCUGGGUGGCCGAAUUCCAGCUUGAGGUCCCUCAAGUGCUUGGAGAUACCUUGC